GGGAGAAAUUGUCAGACAGCAAAUCUCUUAGAGGCACAAGAGGCCACUCCAGGAUUCUCUCUGCGUUGCUCAGGUUUCUGAAUCAGCAUGGCAGCAGUUCCUGAACUCUUCGGAGAUGUGAGGAAUUACUACAGCGACAAUGAAGACGACCUGUUCUUUGAGCCUGAUGGCCCCAAACAGAUGAAGUGCUGCUUCCAAGACCUGGACCUCUGCUCUCCAGGAGAUGGGGGCAUCCGGCUUCAGAUCUCCCAGCAACACUACAACAAGAGUUUCAAGCAGGUCGUAUCGGUCAUUGUGGCAGUGGAGAAGCUGAAGACGAUCCUGGUUCCCUGCUCACAGUCCUUCCUGACCAACCUCUUUUCCUUCAUCUUUGAAGAAGAACCCAUCAACUAUGACGAUGCUUAUGAGUGUGAUGCAGCUGUACUAUCCCUGAACUGCAGACUCCGGGAUAUAGACCAAAAGUGCUUGGUGCUUUCUGGUCCUUAUGAGCUACAGGCCCUUCACCUCAAUGAACAGGAUAUAGACCGACAAGUCGUGUUCUCCAUGACCUUUGUGCAAGGAGAAAUAAGUCAAGAGAAGACACCUGUGGCCUUGGGCCUCAAGGGAAAGAAUGUGUACCUGUCCUGUAUGAUGAAUGAUGGGAAGCCUACCCUGCAGCUGGAGACAGUAGAUCCCAAACUUUACCCAAAAAGGAGGAUGGAAAAGCGAUUUGUCUUCAACAAGCUACAAGUCAAAGACAAGCUGGAAUUUGAGUCAGCCGAAUACCCCAACUGGUAUAUCAGCACUUCUCAAGUGGAAGAAAUGCCCGUCUUCCUGGGAAAUACCAGAGGUGGCCAGGAUAUCACUGACUUCACCAUGGAAGAAAUCUCUUCCUAAAUAGAGUCAUACCCAGAAAGUCCAUAUGUGCUGAGUAACCCCUAAGGCUGGCAGAAAGGGAAUAGAAGGGGUUUGGAGCAUGGCUGCAGCCUGAACUUUUUUGUUGUCUAGACUGGUGCCAGUUGCUUUCCUUAUAAUGGUGUUAUGAGGGUCUCCUGCCCACCAGCCAGGAGCUGCCUGAGGCUAUCCUAGUGCCCCAGGGCCAGGCCUGUGAUGAGGAUCCCCUAGCUCUUCCCUCCCAGGGCCAAUCACCAGAUCCCUUUUUCUAAGAAGGCCUCACCUACCCCUCCCAUUUGCUCAAAGCCAGCCUGACGGACACUAUUGCACAUUCAAAGAGACCCUCUGUCCUUUACUCCUAGCUUUUGAUAACUGGCCACCUAUUUAUUUAUUUAUUUAAUAGUAAGUUCAUCUAUUUAAUAUAAUUCAAGGAAAGGAAAGAAGCAACAGUGUCUGUGAAAUGAUCCCAGUCUUCAGUAUCUAUGGAACCAAUUUACUUUGAACUAGUGUGCUAUCUGAUAUAAAGUCUUUUCACCGAGGCUGAGAUUAUAAACUUGGAUUAUUUAAAUAGAAAUAUUUAUGAAUGAAAAAGUAUGAUUGAACUGCUUCAAUGGUCCUGAAAUAAAUUUCUCUAAAAAUUA